CAACCGCUCCAGGGGUCUUAUCCACUUCGAUAUAGGUUGGUCGAAUCCAUCACCUACUUAGCGCAGCAACGAUGCAAGCCAGUAUUUCUCCAACGCUUCCUCUCCUGCUGUUCUUCAUAUUUUCUUUCUGUUUGUCCAAUAAUGGCGUGCACGCCUUCGGAGCAGGCAACAUUCCUUCAUAUGCAUUUGUCGAAGGCAAGGCAUUUAGGCACGGGGAUAUCGAGGAUACACUUGCAGAUCUCAUAAAGAAGGGGGUUGGUGGAUUCGCGCUCUCCAGUCUCAUCGGAAAGGGUCCAAAGUUUGGUGGCCUCGACAUUAAGCGCGUAUACUUUGGCAAUUGGUUGAGAGAUUACAGUCAGGCUGUUGACAUCAGUACACUGAAGAAAGUGAACUUGCAAACGAUCCUGAAUUUAGUUAUGGUGCUCGGGUUUAUGGCCAACGGGUAUGCUACUGGCGAAUUUGAAGUCACGCCAGAGAGACUCGGUGCCUAUUUGCCAACAGAACAUAUUGAUAACCCGAAAGGUUAUGGAGAGGGAGAAGACCCUCGGCAGUACGACCCCAGACUACGCGGCCCUGUCCACGUACAUAUUAUUUUUUUACCUAUCACUUACCCUACUCACCUGUAUCAUUCUUGCCAGCCUGAUGAACUCGCCAUCGAUCCGCAGACGGGAAUGAAAAACUAUAUCGCAAAUGAAAAUGGUCAUUGGGAUACAUCCAAGGCCCUCGUGCGCAGAGUACUCCAGCAGUGCAUUUACCUCGGCAGGAAAUACAAGAGUUCUGGAGAUAACGCGGAUCAAUACGAGGCGUUUAGGCUCCUUGGACAAGCUCUUCACACCCUUGAAGACUUCUCUGCACACUCCAAUUUCUGCGAGCUUGCUCUUGUUUCCAUGGGACAUACCAAUGUAUUCGUGCAUGUUGGUGAUGCUGUACGAGUGCGCGCACACAAUGGAAAAAUGGUCGCGCCAAUCGUUACAGGGACCUUCGGAUCGAGUGACUUUAUUUACAGCUUGCUUGGAGAGGCUACCGAUCACAUCAGUGAGGCUUCCGUCACGGAGCUUAAUAAAGAAUUUGAUCGUGCACGCUCCAAGCCUAAUUCAUCGAGUGACAUGCUCCGCGAUGCUUUCCUCAAACUCCCUGGUGGAAGCGGCGAUAAGAUGGGUCGCGACAUGGAAGGCAUCCAGCGCAUGCGCGCUGGGAUAGAACGUGGUAAUAAGCGCCCUGGGGAUAUGAGCCCACAAGAACUGCAUAGCGUGUUGUGGCAGGUGUUGAGCUUCAGAGAUUCCGUUAUGAAAAGUAUAUCGGGGACGUUAGAGAAGAUCCCUGGGCUCAACUCGGUUAUCGAGAAAAUUCAGGAUUCAAUUUCUGUGUUCGUUUUCACUACUUUGGAGCCCUUUUUGAGGCCGAUAAUGCAGACCGCGACGGCCGGACUAUCAUCGGCCUCAUCAGAGGUGAUCGAUAACCAUGAUCAAUAUGAGGUGUUCAACGAUCCGUAUGCUAGCGACCCCACACAUUCUUUCCUUAGCAAAGAUCACUUCAAUUUGAUCCUAAAUGAACCUGCCGGUAAUAUCGCAAAACUCAUUCUUAAACAUACCGUCAAUUUGGUUACGAAGGCCUGGGAUGACAGUUCAUUGAACGUGAAUCAGGUCACAGAUGAGGCUUUGCAGUGCCUCUUCCAUCCCGACUUCCAACAGUCUUCUUCCGUAAUCCAGCGUGAUAUGUUGGAAUACAUGAGAUCGUGGGUUCAGAAUCUCGGGCAUAAUCAGCACGCCAUACUUGCACGUCUUACGAAGGAAUCAGUGAGAGCGCAGGACAACACUCGGUUAGCUGCCGAUGGGAGUGCUCCCGCUUCUCAUGCGCAGGCGCAGCAGGGCAUUCAGGGUCUCGUGCAUGGAAUUCCCGGUGCUACGCAGAUGCAGGGUCUGAUGAACAUGGUGGGUGGAUCUGCAGGGACGGGACGAGAGGGCGGCCAAUCCAGUGGGCAGCCGGGUUCUUACUACUCAAGGCCAGAGACAAUCGCCUCGUAUGGGACUGUGCAAAGCACCAGCUCGAGCUACGCGCCUCCUUCGGCCCCGCUAGCACCGUCAGCGGCGUAUGCCCCUAGCGGGUACCCGAGCGCUAGACCUACAAGCGGCUAUCCGCCGCCAAGCACUUUUCCACCUGCAGGUGAUUACUCUAUGUCACACCGUUCGCGCAUAGGCGAUUACUCGCAACCAUGCGGCCCACCUCCAGAUGGGUUCGGUCCGGGUGGGUUCCCUGACGAACACCGUGGCACCCACGGUCAUGAGUUCCCCGAAGCACCGGUGUAUGGUGGCCGUCAUGGACAACAUGCGUUCGAUGACGAUUAUCGGCGUGGGGAUGGAGACCAACAACAGGCUUCCUUCCCGUCGCCAGGAGGCCACCCACCGCGAAAUGAUCCGUAUGAUAAUAGGUGGUGAAAUACUCGAAGGGGCGAGCAAAUGAAUGCAUGUUGAAUGGUGUUUCUUGUGUUGUAUAACACACGGAUUUGGUGUCUGAAUCGCACAACAUGCCGAUUGUAUC